AUAAAAGAUGGGCGACACGAAAGACGGUCCUUGGAAAGACCCUUUCGUGCAAUCGGCCCCUGGAUAUUAUCUGAAAGCUGACCUCUCAUACCAGCCUACUAUACUAUGCAUGGUGCAUUGCGUUUAUCUACAGUAUUUGAUGUGUAGUGAAAUCACUGACCACAGACCACGGUGACAUAUAAUGCGAGGACAUUUCAAAAAUUUAUAGCGUUCUGCACACUGUCUUGGCACGUUAAUUAGUACAACUAACCUCGCAUGCUUGUGUGAGUGCACUUGGCAUCAACGUUCGCCACAACUACAUCUAUCUAGAUAGAUCUCAUAGUUAUACCGCUAUGUCAGAUAAUAGACCGUGGAUCCUUGCUACCAUGCCGCCAUUCUUAGAUGAGACACGGGCUAUGGUGGAUAAAGUCUUUAGGCUUGUUAUCUGGAACGACUUCCUCCAAAAUCCGGACGAGUAUCGACAUAAGAUACAAGGAAUUUUGUAUAUACCAAAUAAGAAACCACCAAUGCCGGAAGAGCUGCUCAGAAGUAUACCAAAUUUAAAGGUGUUAGCCACCCAUAGUACUGGUAUAAACCAUCUGGAUCUACCGCUGCUAUGGAAACUCGGUAUAAAAGUUGGUCAUGCUCGAGAUAUUCUGGAUGACACAUGUGCUGAUUUCAUAUUUGGAUUACUCAUUGCUGCAGCUCGAAGACUACCAGAGUGUAUUGCCGAAGCACAAGGACAUGAAGGAACUGAAAUUGGGUGGGAUCGGUCUCAUGUACCCUUUGGAGUCAAAAUAUCUGGAGCAACAAUCGGUAUUCUUGGAAUGGGGCGUAUUGGUUAUGAAGUCGCAAGGAGAGCAUCGGGUUUCAAAAUGAAAGUCCUCUAUUAUAAUCGUACACAAAGAAACGAAGCUGAGGAGACAGAAGUGAAGGCUACCUAUUAUCAGCGGUUGGAAGAAAUGCUUCCUAAGCUGGAUUAUCUUGUAAUAACUUGUAGUCUGAAUAAGGAUUCUAAGAACUUGCUUGGAAAGAAACAACUCGACUUGAUGAAACCUACUGCUAUCAUCGUGAAUGGGGCCAGAGGAUUGGUCAUAGAUGAGGAUGCCUUGGUAGACGCAUUACGUCAUAACAGACUCCGUGGAGCAGCUUUAGAUGCCACUCAUCCUGAGCCUUUAGCGAAAGAUCACCCCCUUCUUCAUCUUCCUAAUGUUAUAGUUACACCUCAUAUCGCGUCACACGUUGGGGAAACCCUGGAAAAUGUUAUGCAGAACUGUAUUGAUAAUAUCAUUGCUGGUAUAGACGGUCGGCCAUUGCCCACCGAGGUUGAACCUCAUCCUUGAACACCCCCCCCCCCCUCCUAGACAGGCUCCUAGAAUAUUUCUUCCCUCAAGAAAUAAUUAUGUGGAUAGAAACCAUUUCCUGGAUUCUUCAGACAGAUUGAAAUUAUAAGAAAGUUCUCUUUUCAAACUAAGAAUACGCCUAAAAGUACGAUUAUAACAAUCAGCGCCGUACUAUGAAGAAUCUUGCCAACAACUGCCGUCAUUUUGUUACUCAGAUUUAUUUCUUCAAAGACGGAUAUUUCAAUUCCGGAUCUCAUUAAUCCAACUAAUCGUCAAUCAUUGCAACAUUUAACCCCCCAUAAAAACUAAUACUUUGUUAUCAUAUUUGUUUGAAAUAAAUCGUGCAUAUAAAUUAAUUAUAUUGCAACUGGACCUAAUGAUCAAAGAUAAAGAAUACUUUCAUUGAUUUUUAUGUUUAAAUAUGACAAUGAAUUGCCGAACUCUGUUGUAAACUUGAAAAAAAGAUACUUUCGCCUUUAAUUAUUUCUCAUUCACGUACAGCCCUCCGGAUCAUUGUUAUUCUUAGGGAGAAGUUAGUCAAGGAAAUGUAAAGGAUUAUUGUGACUAAUUAACUUUUAUCAAUAGCUACUAAUAUGUAGUUAAUAGGUCACGCAUGUUUUACACUUGUGCUUUAUAUACAUACUUUACCAAAAGUAACGUACACUUUUGGAAGAAAAAACAUUCGCCUAAUAAACGUUUCAAAUUUGAUUUUUUUUUUUCCUGUCGGACUCCACUAAAAUGGGUAUUUUAGCAAUCACUUCGCAUUCGCAGACGCUUUCUAUAAAAACGCUGAUGAUCAAUACCCUUUCAUAUCAAAGCGGUCUUCGUCGAAAAUCGAGGAAUCAAAACAGUAGUGUCGUCCUGCACUCUGGACAAACGACAAAUUUACAAUUUUCCGUCCGGUCCCAAACUUAAGAAGAUGUGCUGUCCCGGUGGGUGUUUCAUAAAGCUGUUCGUAAGUUAAGAGCGACUUUAAGAACAACUGGUGAUCCUGUCUUGUUGUAAAUGGUAUAUUCAUUGGCGAUGGUUUAGCGCGUAAGAAAGCAUCACCAGUCAUUCUUAAAGUUGUUCUUAACUUACGAACAGCUUUAUGAAACGGCCGCCAGGUCCACCAACUUUCGACAAUGACGUAAAUUAUGUAACUUCUGAAGCUUCCCAUGGCAAAGAAGAAUAGUGUAGUAGUUUACACAAUACAUCUUUCUUGGGCAAAUGUUGGUCCUGAAAAGGACCACCCAAACUUGACCGUUCGACAAGUAUGUUCCUGUCGUCUUCAGGAGAAAUGGCAGACAAUGACCUCUAAUCUGUCCAUUGUGAUUUGACGGGCAUUUCCAAUUGAUUUUCAACGUUCAAAAAAGCGUCUGCGAAGUGGAUGCUAAAAUACACGAAUCGCUUGAUGGAAAGAGAGCAAACCCGGGAUUAAAAUGAAAUCAGCAGCCUGAAUUGAGCUCUCCUAAUAGAAUUUUGAUUGAUAUAGUGCAA